GUCUUAGCAAACACGUUAGCUUAAUAGUACAUUUGUGCCAUUGGUUUUCAUGGUUGGGCUCGAGUUAAACUACACAGUAAUGAAAUACUCUUGAGUCUUUUCUGGACUCUGUGAAUUUCAUCUAAAAAUGACGGACACUCGAUUUCAACCACAACAGCGCAAUUAUUAGCUAACAGUGCAGAUUUUCUCCGUGUCCUGAUGCGCGUUUGCUCAUAUGCUACCAGAGCUGGCUGAGAUGGACCACCAUGGAAACCAAACACCCCAUAACACAACACGGUUGAUAGGCUUAACGAUUCUCUAUGCCUCCAAUAGCAUGGCUCAUGCACAGCGCGAAUGGCGGCAAAUAAUUGCCUUGUAAACAAGAAAAUAGAUGCAUCAAAAUUGAGGUUGUCUUCAACUCCUUAAUUCCUCUACUCCAUCACAAAUGGGGACAUGAGACCCACCGCUGGAUUUCUUUAACUGACAGAGACCGCAAAGUAAAACACACCCUGUUGCCAUGCGUAUCAGUCUCUGCCAGGGCCUGUUGACCGGUGCCAUUGUCCUCAACCUCCUCAUUCUUUACUAUGUGUCCCGGGCUCAGCAGCAGAUGAUGGACAAGAGGAAGGAGCUCGGCAGGGGCACGAGGAGGGCGGCCCUCCCGGGCUCCGGCCUGAGCGGGGGCAUCGGGGCGCCCGUGGGCGCCGGCAGGGAGCCCGGAGGGGUCGGGGGUGAGGCGCGCGGUCGCGGCCCGCGUGUAACUGUUCUUCUCAGGGAGUUUGAGUACUUCGAGAACUACGUCGGCGACGUGGCCGGCUCCUUCCUCCGCCAGAGACCCGAGCUCCCCUUCCUGGCUGUGGCGGACACCGCUCCGUACCCUCCCCUGGUGCUUCCGGAGGGGGCCCGCCUCCUGGUCCUCACCCCCAGCCCCGACCAGCCGCCACAGGCUCACAGGCCCGAGUUCCACGUGCAGACGGAGUUUGUGCUGCUGGUGCCCGACGGGGUGGAGUUGGAACAACCUCGGGCGAUCGAGAGGUUGAUCAGGGAGUUGGAAGGCGAGGGCGGGGGGCCCGUCCGGCUGGUAGCCGCACCUGUGCUGGCCCGGUCGGCCGUGCAGUGUCUCCACCUGCGGGUGAACCUCAGAGAGUGGACGGCCACCUACUCGACGGCGGCGUCCGGGAGCAGCGGGAGCGUGUGCUCGGCCUUGCAGGGAGACGCGGUGGUCCUCCUCCGCAGCGAGGAUCUUUUUAACCUCUCCGUCCCCGUGGGGCGGCCCCUCUUUCCCUCGCUCUUCGUGCAGACCGCCUUGAGGGGGUGGAAGGUCAAGCUUCUGGAGAGCCCCUGUUUCGCCGCGAACCACCGGCCCCUCUUCGGCUCGGCCCACAACCAGUGGAAGGCUGACACGCGACUGAAGGAGGCCACCGGGAGGCUCAUGAGGAGCUUCGGACUGAAGCGCCUCCUGCUCGCCGACGGUAAGGAACAGUGGUACGGCUGCAGCAAGGAGACGCCCCGCUGCUUCGGCACGGUGCAGGGGGACACUCCGGACUACCUUUAUCUGGACCGCUGGACACCUCCCUGCUGUCUGCGUGCUCUCAGGGAAACCGCCAAAUAUGUUAUCAAAGUCCUGGAGACCUCUGGUGUGCGCUACUGGCUGGAGGGGGGCACUCUGCUGGGCGCCGUCCGCCAUCAAGACAUCAUCCCGUGGGACUACGACGUGGACCUGGGCAUCUACCUGGAGGACGUGCCCAACUGCGACCACUUGAAGAACCUGGACUCCGGCUCUCUGGUGGAUGCCAACGGCUACGUGUGGGAGCGUGCAGUGGAAGGAGACUUCUACAGAGUGCAGUACAGCGAGGCCAACCACCUGCACGUCGACCUGUGGCCCUUCUAUCCCCGUAAUGGCGUCAUGACCAAAGACACGUGGACAGAGCACAAACAAGACGUGGAGUUCCCGGAGCACUUCCUGCAGCCGCUGGUGCCCAUGUCCUUCGCCGGGGUCACUGCCUACAGCCCCAACAACUACCGAGGCUUUUUGGAGCUCAAGUUUGGAGAGGGGGUUAUUGAGAACCCCCAGUAUCCCAACCCCUCCAAAAAAAGGCUCGACAGAAGCAAAUUAUGAGCGAUAGGGACUCGACGGACGGUUUAAUUGGAUGAGGACACAAAAUAAUUGAAUUCCUUUUUUUUUAACUGCCUAAAAGAGAUUGGAAAGCUAAAUGCAUUUCAAUUUUACCACAGCAAAAACUUUAUUUUCAUGCCAUGUCAGAUUAGUUUUUGGGUGCAGAGUCUAAUGCUUUAUCUUCUUUGUAUUGUUUGCAAAGGGCAUGAAAGCCUGAAAUAUUUAAAUUCAUACGGAAAAUAUUUACUCAGGCAAAUAUAAAGGAAGCAAGACCUGCUUUUACUACAUGGUGUACUAGAUCUGUAUGUGUUGUACGGUAUAGAUAUGCCUUCUGUACAGAUGGUAAAUCAUUUUAAAUUAAUAUUUUAAUUUGAUGUAAGCUGCUAUGUGCAUUUUUAAGUAUUUAUGGUUUUGAACAGAAAUAUUAGUCUUUUUUUACUUUGAUGCAUUGAUUUGUACCGUUUCUUUGAGGUUAUGCAGUUAAUGAAUAUCUGUGUAUUUUCAUGCCUUUUGGUACCUGACAGCUGUGAAAUGAAUAAACACACAGAAAAAUUGCUCCCAAGCCAUGGAAAAAAACUUUAAAUAUGAACUUGGCUUAAUUAUCUUAGAUUCAGAUUUAUCAAAGAAACAUCUUCCAAAAGACAAGUAUCACAUACACCAAUCCAUGAACUAGUAAAAUAAAGCAGUUCUGACUGAGGCUACAUUAAUGUUUGAAGUUUAUUAGCAGCACACAGUGAAUGCACUAGAGAUGUAGUAUGUCUAUUUGUCCACUAGGUGGCACCACUAACAUAAUUCAACACAACAUAAGCUAUAAGUGGUUUGAUCCAUCUGUCUGAGGAUUUAAUAGGGAGACAAACCAGAAUGCUGCUCCUUUGUACAUCACACUGCUUCUGUAUUGGAAACUAGCAGUUGAAAUCCCUCAUAAUAGGUUGGCAUGCAGUUCAAAUUAGCCACUGCACAUCUUUAUGCUGCACAAAUAUUUCCUCAGGUGUGCUUUUUAAUAGGAUAAGGAUCUGUACUGCCGACUGUUGAUUCUGAAGGCCAAAAUAAAAGGAUAAUACAGCAUCCUAAGUAAGUUGCCAUCCCGCUUGCACCCAGUGACUGAAAUCAGUAAAACAACGAAACCCAGUGGCCAACAAACAGUGAUCAGAUGAAGCCAAAUAAUAAAAAAAAUGCCUUUAUUGCUUAAACCCCCAAGGAGAGCAAAUUCAGACUAACCAGGAAAGGAUUUUAAAAGAAGCAGCCCAACUGCAAUAUCAACAGCCAACAUGUGAAAAUACAUGCUUUUGGGACAAACGUUAAUCAUCUUCA